UUCAUCGAGCUUCAUAUUUGAUCGUGGCAGCUUUUAAGAAAAAUAAUGCAUGAAAGGAAAUCAAACGUGCUGAUUGCGCUCUAAUUUCAUAAACAGUGAUAUGCAGACAUGCAGUAACUGCCACAUAUGAAAUGAAAGAUACAGCUGUCGAAGCUGCGCUCCGAAAGCAACUCGAGAGAAAUAAGUGCGUUGGACCACACAGUUACAGUUGUUCUGCAUGUAGCUGGUUGUAUUGCUGUUGCCGACUUCCUUCCAAUGCAAACAACACUCUGCAGGUAUGUGACCAACCCUGCCGAUGACUGCCCUCGCACUCGGGGCCCGUGCACGACGCCUUUAUGUGGAAGACAUCCACCGUGAGCCAGGACUGGGCAGUGGACGCCGUGGCCAGGUGAUAGUGCAUACUCGCUUCAACCUUGGCUGCUUAACCCCAUCCCUGGAGCACAUCCUGCAGAAUCCUCUGCUGCCCGAUUCCACCGCACCCACUCUUCACUGCGGUGCGUCGUAUAACUGUGCACUGGAGUCCUCAAGGCCCACUUUCGGUGCUUGCAGAGGUACAGAACACUGUACUAUGGCCCACUCUUCACGUCGAAGAUCAUCGCAGUUUGUGUCGUGCUUCACAACCUCGGUGUUUGGCAGCAGCUGCCUGAGCCAGACGACAUCCCUUGCACUGAAGAACUCGAAUGAGAAUAUGCGGACCUUUACAACAACAAUAGCGACGAUACGGCUGCAGUAG